CUGGGGUGGGAAUUGAACUCAUGCUGAAGCUGCUGCAGCUAGCUUGGUAGUGGUAGGCUUUAACCUUUUGGGCCACCAGGGAGGCCCCCUCUAAAUCUUUAUGUGAAUACAGUGGUUCUCCUGCUUCAGUUUCCCUCCAUUUUUUUUUUAACUGACCACUGGCGUAUAGAGGAAUUAAACAGACAUGACCUGUGACCCCUUAAGUGACCUCCACAGAUAACAAACCUGUCCUAGGACAUUUGACUGUGUCCUUCUUUAAAAUUAAAUUAAUAAAAGUUGUGAAAAUAGCAGUUAAUUUCUGAUAUGACGGGAUUUAGGAAAUCUUUGGAUAAAUAAAAUAAGCAUAAUUCUUCAUGCUUUUUCCCUAGACAAAAGGGUAUAGCAUGUCUUUUGUAUUUAGUCACAGACCUGACUUUCAUCAGUAUGUUUAGACAACUAGUGUUAGUAUGGAGUAGUCCAUGCAUUUUGUAAACCAACAUUCAAAAAUAAACUUGUUGAACUCUGUAACUUUCAGCAGAAGUUAUAUGCAAUAGGGUUUUGCUGUGAUGUAUGAGCUUUGUGUUUCAGUGCAUGGUACCUGGCACUAGUAAAGGAGUGACAUGGCUGGAACGUAAGUCCCCUGCUGCCAGCCCUGCUGACUACCAGUUCUGCUUGCUCUGUGCAGCUGAGCUAGUGCUGUCCAAGUGGAGCACAAUGCCACUUGCUGCUGAGGGCAGAAGAGGUGACCUUUGAUUUCGCAUCCCAGGAUGCCUGUCCUUUGCACUUAGCCCUCACAAGGCUCCUUGGGGAUCAGUCCGCUAUGAAAGAGACAAUCUGUGAUUGGAUCAGCUUGUGAGUACACUCCUCAGGGGCCUCACAAGUAACUACUGGAAUACCAAGGUGUGACCUCACAAAGCAAGUGUUCCCUUUGCGGACCCUUUACUGGUGGAAUCUAGAUGCUCAGGAAAUUCCUAAGCAGAGAUUUUCUGUUGGAUGAUAAAUGCAAGGAAUAGAAAUUGGAAAUUUACAAAAUGUCUGAAGCCUUUCAGGAUGACAAGAAAAAUGAAAUAACGAGUCAGGAAUUUGUGAAGAAAGUCAUAACGAGUCGUCUCUUUAAGAUAAUUAUGAUUAGUACCAUCUCCCUGAAUGCUUUUUCCAUGGUCAUGUUCACUGAUUUUCAAACGUCAUACAUUUUCUUCGACUUUUUUGAGGUCUCAGAGCUCUUAUUUCAGUCGAUCUGUAGCGCAGAGUUCUACCUCAAGCUCUAUGUGGACCCCAUCAAAUUUUGGAAGAAUGGCUACAACUUGCUCGAUGUGCUUGUUAUCAUCAUCUUCAGCAUCCCUUACGCAUUAAAAAAGGCAAAGGGCAAGCACUAUCCAUACCUCAACAUCGCUAAUGGCAUACAGUCCCUGCGCAUCCUCAAGCUUAUCACUUACAGCCGUGGCAUCCGAACUCUCAUCACUGCCAUGGGGCAGACGGUCUACACUGUGGCCUCCGUGCUCAUCCUGCUCUUUGUCCUGAUGUACAUCUUCGCUGUCCUGGGCUUCUGCCUAUUCGGGGGUCCCGAUGGAGGUGACCUGGAUAACUGGGGGAACCUAGCUGUUGCCUUCUUUACCCUCUUCAGCUUGAUCACGGUGGAUGGCUGGACAAACCUGCAGCAGAAGCUGGAUGACAGGAAUUUUGCUCUGAGUCGGGCAUUCACCAUCAUCUUCAUCUUGCUUGCUUCCUUCAUCUUCCUCAGUAUGUUUGUCGGCGUGAUGAUCAUCUACAUUGAGGACUCCAUCAAAAAAUUUGAGCGGGAGCUGAUGCUGGAGAGGCACAUGACACUCAUGGAAGAGAAGCAGGUGAUUCUGAAGCGGCAGCAGAAGGAGAUCAGCAGGCUGAUCCAGGCGAAGAAAAACAUUAACCACAGAAGUUUCAGUGAUCUGGUGAAGAACUUCAAGAAGACCCUGCGGCAUGAUGACCCCAUGGUCUUGGAUGACUUUGGCACUAGCCUGCCCUUCAUUGAUGUCUAUUUGUCCACUCUUGACAACCAGGACAAUACAAUCUACAAGCUUCAGGAGCUAUACUAUGAGAUCGUGCAUGUGCUGAGCCAGCUUCUUGAGGAAAUGCCCCAGAAGAAGCCAUCCCAGACCUCGGAUAAUGUCUGAGUAGUUGGGAGCGGGUCACGCUGGCACUGGGUACCGCAAAGCCUGUGACAGACAGGUUCCCCAUUAAACAGAGGCUUUCUGCACAGGCCUCUUAAUUAUGGUUGCCAUCAGUUUCCUUAAUUUGGGGGCUUGGGUCUGGGUGGGUACCCAUGAGGCCUGAUUCCCUGGAGUCCACCUGAUCCCCUCCACCCACAUGAUACCACCAGACCUUGGCAGUAGAGAGAAGGAGGCUCACCAUUCCCCCUGGCCAGGGACCACAUCCAGGGGUCACACUGGCCCUCUGUUCCUUUGACCUCAGCACCAAUGACCACUGGACUCAUAGAGAAGCCACCUGACGAAGAAGUGCCCGCAGCUACCCCACAAGAGUAUAUGACUCCUUUGAAGUGCUGUGGCCCUAUUGGUCUUGGAACCUCCGCCAACUCAUCUAUGUGGGUGUCCGCACACCUGGCACAUGGGGCCCUCACAGGGGUUGUAGUGCUGCAAGUGGCGCAGCUUUGACCAGUGGGGUUCUCUGCUGGGGCGUGGAGAUCAGGGUGGGCUGGCCUGGGGGAGUGGCCUGUGGCAUUGUGGCACACCUCGUACAAGGCCCAGGGGAGCGGUAGCAUCAGGUGCUUUGGACUGCUUCCCCCUUUACGGUUAGUAGGGGUUCUCCACCUAACAGGUGGCACUUUCUGUGUCAUUCCUGUCCAAAUGACUGCCAGUUGCCAAGGUCCAGGCACCAUCCUGGUACAGAGCUCUCUGAAGGCCCAGGUAAGACAGGGCGAUUGGCUCUCCUUGUUUCCAGUUGCUAAGGAGGCAUCUCGAGCCUCCCACCUUGGCAGUGCCAUCAGAGAUAAGGAGCUGCAGUGGAAGACCAUACCUGUAGCUGAAAGCGAGGGCCCAGACCCUUACUGGAGAGCCAGGUGAGAGAAGGCAUGUGGGGGUGGAGCUGAGAAUGGAUGGGCAGAUGCCCCCAUGGGUGGGCCACAGGCUUAAGGCCUGGGUGAUGGCACCCUGAGGCCACCGGAACAAAGAAGGUUAGUCAUGGUUUCUCUCAUGCCUCUGACUUCUAUUCACUGAGCUGUGCAGUUGCUGUGUGUCUUGUGAUGAGAAGCAACAUCUAGCCCUGACCAUGGUUGGUCCCCAUGGUUGCAUCUGGGAAUCAGUGAUCCAUUCUGACUGGAUGAAAGAAAAUUCUCCUGAAGAAGAGACAGUAAUUAAAUUUAGUGAGCAUGUGACUUCUGCAGUAACUCAGACCUUUCCAUGUACAACUGUCCUCAGUCUAAACCAAAUAGAAAGUUGUAUAAAUAGUGUCAAGAAGCAGUGCUCUGGAAUGUGAGACCCUAUGUGUGUGUGGGGGGGGUGCCCGUGAACCUACCUUCAUCCUCGAACAAUGAGAAUCCUGUGCUAAUAUUGCCUUGGGAGGUGGGCCUGAAGUAAGCGGUAACUGUAGUCUGUGUGGCAGAGGGAGCUGCUCAGAGCCUGUGUCCAGUCAGGAGGUCUAGAAGGGGCUUCUGGAGGACCUGUGGCUGCCAGUGCCUGAUCAGGGGGCUGGGAGGGGCUUCCAGUGGAACUGCCCCAUCAGCAGGACAGGCCAACCUCAGGCAAAGAUUGUGACUCAGAGCUGGGGCGAAGCCAACAUUGCCAACUGCUCACAUUGUGCCAGCGUUGCUCAGGAGAAUGUGAAAGCACUUUGCCUGCUCUCCCCAGGAAUACUGAGAAUUGCCUUCAGCAUCUGGGAGUGAACAAAAGACUUAAAACCUUGCUUCAAGCAAGCAAUUUAGAAAAUACCCUGGUUUUGGAAUCAAAAGACCUGGAUUCCUUGGUUGGGUGACUUUGGCAAGGUAACAUAUCUUUCAAACCCUCAGCUAUUUCCUCUGAGAAAUAGGCUGAUAAAAACGACCCACUGUAAAGAUCAAAUAAAAUACACAGGAGAGUGUGAAAAAAGAUGGAGCCAACUUUGGGUCCAUGCUCACCAGCAGCUAUCUGGUAGGUCUAGGAGUGCCCUGGCCAGCAACAAGGUGUCAGGGAGGAGAGUGUGGAGCUGAGAGCAGGAAGCCGGGGUCAGAACCUGCAGAGGGACAGGAAAUGGGUUUCCAGAUGGAGCUGAUGCAGGAUGUGGUGGGCAGACAGCUUGUUGGACCAGGAAGGUUUGGGUUCCAGGCCCAGAAGGGAGACUGGGGGCACAGGACUGCCGUGUGAGGGGGCAAGCAGCCUUUCAGGGCACUCACAAGAGGCUGUCACAGAGCAGAGAACUGGGAGAAUGACGUGGGGAGGGCUGACCCAGCACUGCUGGCAGAACACACCUACGGAUAUUUGGCGCCCAGUCCUAAAGCGGCAUUUCUGUUUGGCUGUGUUUGCCUGCAGAGCAAACACUGGUAGAUUGGAAUUCCCACUUGGUCUCUCACCAACUCAAACAGGCUUGGCCAAGACUUUCUAUUGAUUUGCUUGGGGCAAAAAUGGCUCUGCUUGCCCAGGCCUGGUGGUAGAAAAUAGGACCUUCUUUCUCCCCCCCACCCCCAACACCCCUCAGUCCUGGGAUCCUCAGAGCUGCCCCAGAUGGCUUGCUCAUCUCCAUUCUGCCAGCCUUGUGGGUUAGGGGGCCUCAGGGAGAGGUAGGGGGUCUGGCCUGAGUCCUCUGGUCAUACCCAGGCCUUCCCCCAGCUCUUGUGGGAAUGAUCUGGAGUCCAAGGCUUGAACUGUUUGAAAGGUAGCUGGACUUUUGUUUUGUUUAUGCUGCUUGUUGAUUCUACCAUGAGGAAGCAGUUGAUGCUACCAUGAGGAAGCAGUUCUUACUAUUGUGGCUCUCCAGGCAGUGACUGAGAGUAUUAGCUGCUGUGAAUUACAGUAACCCCUAGAAAUAAAUUAAGAGAAGCUGGAAACUGCACACCUUGAUGCUUUCUGUGAUACAGGUGAGACAGGACACUUCCUAAAACAAAUUGCCUUCCCAUAGGUCAGGCUUUGCUUUCAGCGGCAUCUCUGCUUGUUUUGGUUCUCAGUUCCUGGUCCCCUUUGCCUGGGCCUGCCUGCUCCAUCAUCCCACAGGUUCUCCAGAGAAAAGGUGGUUCAGAUCUCCUCACUAGCUACGGACAAAGGCGAGGUAAUUGCUGCUGAUUCAGGUCACAGGGGUUGGGAAGUGAGGGGAGAGGAGCUGAAUGUAGUGGAGUGAGAUUCACUAACACACAAGUGUCCCCCACCCAGCUCUCUGCCCUGAGCUUCCCUUUCCUAACUACACGCCUGUGUGCACUGGGAGACUGGGGAGAACGGGCCUGGAGAGCUGGGAGGAAAGGGAUGCACUGCUGCAUUCUGGGUCAGACUGGGUUCUUCACGUGAAAAAUCAAGGUAAUGGGCAAAACAGCAAACUAAGAGACCAGCAAGUUUCAGUGGACCUACACAGUGAGGCAGUGGCAUGGGAGAGCACAGAAGGAAGAACAAAGGACACAGAGGCAGUGGCUGACACAGCUGGGGUAUGAGACCUGAGGAGAAAUGGGGCCCAGAAGCUGCCAGUGUGAGAGGAACUGGUGCCUCACUGAUACAAAUGAUAGGAAUUACUGAAUGAUUUUUGGUUGCUGACUUAAUACCAUUUAAAAAUGAAAAUCCAGGCCCUCCCUGGUGGCGCAGCAGG